CAAUAGCAACAAGACCAAAAGCCCAAAGAAAAUCAUACGACUCUCCCUCUUUUGGCGGGCUGUCGCUCCCGUCUCACUCUGCUCAGAACUCCAUGGUGCCCUACCAGCACUGACUCCAAUCCCCAUCAUUGAGCCGACCUCCUUCCUCUUCCCCUGUCUAUUUCUCCCAAAACACUCAACCUCGCCGAGUCUGCUUCUGUUUCACCCAAAAUCGCACAAAACCUCCUGUAAUCAGAGCUGUAUCGCAACCCAAUUCUCUAAGUUUUCUGAUUCCCUCCAUCGAGACCAUCACAGGGCCACUUCAUCAUGGAAAUGCAUUUUGAGAAUUCACUGUUGGGGUUGAAUUGCCUUUCACAAUCUGGAAAAUCUGAAUAAGCUGAGAAUAUAAGGUAUUGAAGAAGGUGAGUUCCAUCAGUUGACAUAAAACGUUUGGAGUGGGUUGCUACAGAUAACAUCUAAUAGAUUGGGGCAGCUUUUGGAUUCUAGCUGCAUACAACUUAUUUAGCUGUUACUUGGAUUGGUUUCUUCAAAGCGAACCAUAGAUGUAAGCCCAAAACAUCGGUCAAGGGGACAAGAGGGUCAGUUUAACUUGUGGGGUAUAAUGUGGGAUUUGAUUAUACUGUCAGGGUUAGGUUUUGUUCAAACCAACACUGUUGUCUUAAGUUUGGGCUUGUGCUAUACUACUCUCUCAUUUUCCCCAAAUUACUAAAUGAAGACACCUCUUUGAAAUUUGAAGGGGCAUUAAUCCAUAUUCCGGAGGCACAUGCUGCAAAUUUGGGCAAGCCAUGCGAUCAGUUCUUGCCUACCAUGAUAUUACAUACAGCAGAUACUUCUCCAGUGUAUGCCAUCGUCGUCUUCUCGUUUCAUCCCAAGGGGCCUUUCUCUAUCCCAAAUCCAACGCUUCAUACCUAAAAGCUGGAAACGAGGCACCACCCAAUUUGAGAAACCGUUAGCACUGUCUAUUUUCGAAACAGGUUCAGCAGUUGAUGAUUCUAUGAUAGAUUCUCUUCUUAUAUCCAUUAAGAACUAUGCAAGCGAGGGUAAUUUAUCCAGAGCAUUCAAAGCUUUCUCUCUUCUCAAGCUCCAUGGCUCUUCUGCCACUUCUUGUGACCUUAUCUUGCAUCCCAUCUCUUCUCUUCUUUUGUCUUGCGCCAACCAUAAAUCUUUCCCACAGGGUGAACAGCUUCAUGCACAUAUUGUCAGAUUGGGUUUUGAGCGACACCCCAAUUUGGUUUCCAAGCUGGUUACUUUUUACUCAAGCUUUAAUUUCCAUGUUGAUGCUCAUAUUGUCAUUGAGAAUUCAAAUAUCUUGCAUCCUCUACCUUGGAAUGUGCUCAUCUCUUCAUAUGUUAAAAAUGAACUUUUGGAUGAGGCUCUCUCUACGUAUAAACAAAUGGUCAAUAAGGGGGUUAGACCAGAUUGUUUCACUUACCCAUCUGUUCUCAAGGCAUGUGGUGAAAAAUUGGAUAUAGGGUUUGGGAGGGAGGUGCAUAAGUCCAUCAAUGCUAGUUGUCAGGAUUGGAAUUUAUUUGUGCAUAAUUCAUUGGUCUCCAUGUAUGGGAGAUUUGGGCUUGUGGAUGUUGCUCGUCACUUGUUUGACAAAAUGCCCACAAGGGAUGAGAUCUCUUGGAAUGCAAUGAUAUCUGGUUAUGCCUCCAAGGGCAUGUGGACGGAAGCAUUCGAGCUGUUUGGAAGCAUGCGGAUGGAGGGUCUUGGAGUUGAUAUCUUAACUUGGAAUACCAUAGCUGGAGGGUGCUUGAGGACAGGCAAUUUCAAGGGUGCACUUGAGUUGCUUUCUCAAAUGAGAAUCUGUGGUAUUUUAUUGGACUCGGUAGCAUUGAUUAUUGGUUUGAGUGCUUGUUCCCACAUUGGAGUCAUUAAGUUAGGGAAGGAGAUUCAUGGUUCUGCAAUUCGUAGUUGUUGGGAUGGCUAUGAUAAUGUUAAACAUGCAUUAAUUACAAUGUAUUCCAGGUGCAAAGACCUUAGGCAAGCCUAUGCUUUGUUUCAAUUGAUAGAAGAUAGAAGUAUAAUUACUUGGAACUCCAUGCUUUCUGGUUAUUCCCGCAUGGACCGAGCUGAGGAAGCUUCAUUCUUAUUUAGGGAGAUGUUGUGUUCUGGAAUUGAACCUAAUUACAUUACAAUUGCCAGCAUCCUUCCCCUCUGUGCUCGGGUAGCGAAUCUUCAACAUGGGAAGGAGUUCCACUGCUACAUCACAAAACGUGUAGUGUUUGAUGAUUAUUUACUUCUGUGGAAUGCUCUUGUGGACAUGUAUGCCAGAUCAGGCAAAAUUUUAGAAGCUAAACGAGUAUUUGAUUCUAUGUCUAAGCGAGAUGAAGUAACUUAUACUUCAAUGAUUGCAGGAUAUGGAGUCCAGGGUGAGGGAAAAGCUGCAUUGAAGUUAUUUGAAGAGAUGAACAUGUUACACAUCAAACCUGAUCAUGUAACCAUGGUUUCAAUUUUAUCAGCUUGUAGCCAUUCUCGUCUUGUAAUCCAAGGCCAAAUGCUUUUUGAAAAGAUGAUGAGUGUAUAUGGUAUAACUCCCCGUUUGGAGCACUAUGCUUGCAUGGUUGAUCUUUACGGGAGGGCUGGUCUAUUAAACAAAGCAAAGGAGAUUAUCACAAGGAUGCCUUAUAGGCCAACUUCUGCAAUGUGGGCUACUCUUCUUGGAGCUUGUCGGAUCCAUGGAAAUAUAGAUAUAGGGGAAUGGGCAGCCGAGAAGCUGUUGGAAAUGAGACCUGAAAAUUCUGGUUACUAUGUGUUAAUCGCUAACAUGUAUGCUGCUGCUGGUUGUUGGAACAAGCUAGCGAGAGUGAGGACUUUCAUGAGGGACUUGGGUGUGAGGAAGGCUCCUGGCUGUGCUUGGGUUGAUGUGGGCGAUGGAUUCUCCCUGUUUUUGGUGGGGGACACAACAAAUGAGCUGAGAAAUGACAUUUACCUUCUGUUGGAUGGAUUAACUGAGCUAAUGAAAGAUGCUGAUUCUGUUGUCAAUGAGGAUUUUAGUUCAGGUUAUGAUGUGUUUGAGUAGUAGUAUGGAAAAAAGGGAACUAAUUAUACUAAACAAAAGGAUUGCUAACAUAUCUCAUCUGAAUUGAUUUUGGUUCUUUUAUAUAGGUCAUCAAACAAAAAGUUUCUAUGC